AAUAUUAACACAAUGAGGGACUCUCCCUACUAUAAUGCAGGUUACGCCUUCAAUGGACACAACUUCUAUGAUCUAAACUCCUAGAUCCUGUGCAGCACUGAGAGAAGAUGGAGAACCUUCUGGAAAACCUGCCAGACUUGAGCUUUGCAUCAGAUGAGAAUUCGGAUGAUGCUGACGAGAGUAGUGGUGAUCAAUCGUCAGCCAUAUUUAGUCGUUCUGCACAUCUCAAAUCGCUUGGUGUGGAGCUAGUCAAUCCUGCAGUGGACACCCCCUCUCCAGAAGUACUAAACAACAUUACCAAAUUUGAGGACAACAUUUUUACGAAAGAUACAGACAUUUUAGGGAAAGACAACAGUUUAUCGGUUCUCGAGAAAGAAGCAUUUGCAAGAAAAGAGGCGAAUAGCUCUAAAGAGAUUGACUGGUGCAAGUUCAAAUCAGAAUUCUCUGAAUCCCUACAAGCAUCUGAAGAGAAAAUAGUGUCAGAGGAUGGAAACAUACCUGUUCAUGAUUUCAAGCAGCAGCUACUACUCAAUGCCAUCCUUUCAAUGCACAGCGACACUGGAGCUCACCAAGAAAGUUUGGAAGAUGCCACCAUUAGUGUUGAGACACCCAAGUCUCCUUUAAAACUGCGAAGAAGAUUACUAUCAAUGAAUUCACUCGAGACGAUACACGAAAAUGAGCUUGACAAACUGCUGGAGUCUGAUACUCUAUUGUCUCACAGUCAGCCCACUGUUGCUAUAGGGGAUGGUCAGCUAGUGGCACCACCUGCCCUGAGGCUGGUUUGGGAGAAAGAAGACACUGGACAGCUAAUGAAAGAAUUGGAGAAGUUAACUAUAACCAAGGCUGCCGAGGCCACCCAAAGUGAAUCAAAACACACUAGUGGUUGGAGAAACCCCAGCAAUGAACUAUGCAGUUCAACACGGGCUUUGAAUGGCAACAAAGACAAUGGGCCAAUAUUCCUCGACCUACGACCAGGUCCUGCAAAAGAAACAAAAGCUGUUGAGCGGAAUGACAGAUCUACUUCUGAUGAUGAUGAAAGUGAUGAUCCCUACGCUUGGAUAGCUCAGCGGAGACACAUCAAAAGCACCCUCCACACCUCUCACCCUUUCUCUCCACUAGCCACACAACCUUCUGUCAAAAAGGCUGAACUGUCUCCAUUAGAACUGAAAGUUGAGAAGUCGAAUGCCCAAACUUCACCAACUAAAACAUCAACAAAAGACAAUGGAAUUCCCAUAUCAAAUGCCAUCAGAUCUGAGCCUAUCAACACUCCAGCAAUCGCUCCCUUUAAGUACUCAAAUUGCCACCCCGCUGACUUCAAACGACAAAGAAACUCCAGCUCCUUGACACUUUCGUCAAGUCUCUCUGAUGGUGAAGCCAACAUUUUCGAGAUGCCAGGCGCAAAUAAAGGUGAAUCACCAUCUGCCAGUCCUACAAAAGCCUCUCUUGCAACCUCUCCCACAAAAGCCAAGAAAUCAAAGAAUCAGGCAAAGAAAUCAAAAAAAUCUCGAAAGAAGGACAAAGACACGACUUCUGUUAAAAAAGAUUCUUCUAAAUCAUCACAGCGAAAACUUGCGAGAGCUUUGGUACUGCAGAGGAUUCGAAAUGACAGUCUUACAACUAGCAGUGAUGAGGAACAUUGUCUGACACCCACGGACACAGAGAGUAGCAAGCUGUCAAGUUCUGUGUCCAGUUGUGAUGGUCUAGCCUGUCAGGGAAGUGAAGAAGACUUUCUGGUAGAAAUGGACACUGGACAACUUAAACAACGACUGCAAAAGAUCAUUCAGGCCAAGAAACCACCAGUUUUGUUUGUUACACCGGCAACCAACACAGUUUUCCAUGAGGGAGUCUCUUUUGAGGCCCAGAUGAGCUCCACUGAUCUUAUAUGCCCAACAGAUGCUCUACUGACUAUCCCCCUCUCUGAGCACGGCCUUGUCUCCAUACCGGCUGAAAUUGAAGAGGAAGGUGAACUAGACCUACAAACACAGCUCUAUCUCCACCUACUUAUCUUAACAUGGCUCAUGAGUCAAGCAUCAAGCGAUCAUCACAAUAAGACUGUUGUCGAAGCCACAUCGUCAAAUGAACAAACUGUUAUCCUCCAAGAAGUGAGAGAUGAAUCAAAGCAAUCCGACAGAUCUAGGAAACAUUUUAGUAUUACCGGACUGUUGCAGACGAUUCUCGAUGGAUGUCCGUCGCUACUGGUUGGUGUGUGUGUGUCUGCAGAGUUGAAGCGUUCCAAAAAAAGUGAAGGUGUCUGGUUUAAUGUGACUCCUGAUGCAGAGCUCGUCAAUACAAUCUCAAACAAACUCACAACUCGUCUUCACAACAAGUCACUGAAUGAAGUCAUCGAUCCGAUCAUUGGCAACAGCGAUAUACAAUCCCUCAUCCCUGUCUCAGUUUUGGAGAUCCUUCGUCAAAUUGGACAACUCCCACUUACCUCAUUCCUCACGGUACAAGAGGACAUCUCUCCCCUAACCACACCCCUUAGUUUCUAUUGGCACAGUGGCUACCACAUCAGCUCUCUGCCAAGUGAUGAUUCACUCAAGUCACAACCGACUGUCGCUACUACUGUAUGCACACUGGAAGGACAUUCUCUCACAAACCACUCCCUUGUGUUCACUACACUACGAACUGCGUACUCCAAUGCUUUCUAUUUGGCUGGACUGAGGAUGGUCUAUGAAGAUAAGAGUGAGAACUCGAAUGGAGGAGAAAUGACGUUGGCUCUAGCACUUAGAGCACCUGAUGCUAUUUAUCGAUGGCUUGAUGUUGUAGGUCCCGAAGACAGCAAUUUGGCAAAGGUCACUGAUCCGGAUUCUCUGAAUGCAAAGUUUGCCAGCCCCAACUCCACCACCCUCAAGUGUGUCAGAACCCCUUAUUCCAUCCUGUCAACUGUCGCCAAGUGGUUCGGUGGUCGAGCCUGUCUCAAGACUGGUAGUGUACUCGGAAUCUCAGACCCACGUACGAAAUUUGAGCGAAGAAAGCGACAGCGUGUUCGAUUUUCAGAGAGUGAAUCUGAAGACGGUUUACCAUCCCCUGCUCUGGACCUGACCUUUUCACCCCUCACAUCUAAUCGGUCGUGUCUGAUUACUCAAGCGUACACCAAGGUGUUGCUCGUAGUGGCUCCCUUAGUCCCCCCUUGCCUGUACGGGACAGUCCUCUCAUCAUGCAGCAAAAUGGGAUUCAAUAUACUCGGAAUGAAGCGAAUCCGACUCAAUUCAAAACGUGCAAGUACCAUACACAUUCCGAAAUUAUAUCUGGCUAAUUUCACACCUUCGUCCACUCCACCCUCCCCUGCUUUGGAUUUUAUCACCCAUCCAUUAGCUACUGAACAUGCUCAGAAUGCUCCUCCGUUCCCUUCUCUUGUGCUACACCUUGGAGCUGAGAACGCAAAACUUCACUGUUUGUCUCUGAAGGAAACCAUCUGUUCUGAUCUGAAAGCCACCGUAAAAGUCAAUGCCAACUUGGAAAUCUCCACAGUGUCUCUAAACACUCCGGAUAGUAUUCUACACAUGACUGAAACAUCACAUGAGACAACUAAACUUCUUGGAAGUUUUUCUCUACCGAAUGCCGUGUCUGGUUCUCUCCCAAAACUUCACGAAGAAAGGAAGUGUGGUGGCCCCUUUAUGGAGGAGCUGUGCUUCGUUGCUGUCCCGCAGUGCAACAGUUUGCCAAAAUUAGUCAAUCUCUUGAACAAUGUUUAUCAACUGAGACUGCCGAAUGGAGUAACCGUCUCUGCCAAACACUCAGAUGAUCGACACAUGGAAAAUUUGGGAGGUUUUGAGCUUCUAGGAUUCAAGAUUAUUCCACAAAUUCCUCGUUUCCAUGCCAAGAGGUUAUGUCCAUUGGCCAACACUGACCCAGCUUAUCAAACAGCUGUCAACCUCCUCUCAGACGUUCCUGCCUCGCUACUCCUCUUUAGAGGGUUGGAUUGUAACCAGCGACUCACCACUCUGCUCAAGCCUACUAUCACACCAAGGAGGUCUCUACACACAACCUCUCUACAGCAGCAACUUGAAAUUGUCAUCUCAAAAGAUUUCGAAGAUGCAUUCAAUCUUUCCUCGAUAUUCUUAUCCGACAAAGAGAUAUUUAGUGACUCAGCCAGUCUUGGUAUGGCCCCCUAUAUGCCCCCAUCAUGGAUACAAGACAUGAGCAUCCUACAGGACCUACAAGCGCCUCCAGACUCUCUGUUAUCAGUCGCUAGUGUGAGUAUAUCUGAGCCGAGACUAGUAGUGAAGGUACUGGACAAGCUGUGCCGGUCUGGGUUCAUUUUUGCAGCCAUGAGGGCAGUGGAGGUGGGACGGGAGGAGUCAGAGACAGUGUUGGAAGACCUAGAGAUCAACACUGAGUUGUCUGAACCGAGUGGAAGUGAAGCCUGUCUGGUAGUGUGUGUACUGAGGGUGAAUGCAGUAUGGCAUCUCAGACACUCUCUCAGUGCCCUCAUUGAGCAGCAGAGGAGAUCAACUACUAACAAGAGCUUCACUGUCAACUGUUCUGAUACCUUCUUGACUGCAUUAGCUGAAGUGAAACAGUACUUCCCCGAGGGCAUAUGUUGUGCACCUGUCAGCAGCAUUCAGCAGUACAAGAUCCAGUCUGAGGAGAGUGACUCAUUUGAUGAACUAGUCCUUCCUGAAAGAUGCCUGCCUUCCUCUGACUCCUCUCUGCUUGGUUUUGUGUCCCCUCUCCUGGAGACCACAGCCAUGGUGCUACCUUCCAGUCUGUUGGAGUCACAAAAACACUCGUCUGUUGGGUGUGUAGAGAUCAUUGAGUUCCUAACUCAAAGCGGGUUCAAGAUACAAGGUCUCAAAAUGGUCACUCUUUCAGUGGGAGUGGUUAGGGAACUUCUGGCAUUGUGUAACUGCUUGGACACAGUAAUGGCUGAUAACUUAUGCCACGGACCUUGUCUGAUUCUGGUGGUACGGAGAGAUAAUGCUGCAUCUUGUUGUCAGUCAAUCUUCAAGAGUGCUUCACUGAGAUCCUACAGACCUAGACAUGGCUCAAUUGAGGAACUGCUAGCACAAAUGAUUGUGCCAAACAAUGCACAGAGUGCCAAGGCUACUCUCAAGUUGCUCAAAGUUAGUUGACUAGUGAAGACACAAUUUGAAUAGAACAAGAAAACACUUUAUAUAUGACCUGUAUAAUACACCAGUUGUGCAUGUACAUUAUUAUUAAUUUUUAUAUAUUUUUGUGUGUACUUGCACAUGAAUUGUAAUCAAA